AUGGGCGAACUAGGCAUGAGGUGCGGGUUUCCUACUGACGACCACUUUGGUCCCCGAGUACUUCCCUGUCGUCGAGAAUUUGACCUUACGUUGCUUUUCGAACAGACCAUUCUUGGUCUGGGCCCGGACCUUUUGUUUCUGGUCUUAUGUCCUCUGCGAUGGUAUCAGAUUCAUGCUCGGCUGAGGAGAGUUAACCAGCGAUCCUCCGGGCGAUGGAAGACGGUUAGUAACGGUUUGUAUAAACGUCAAGCUAUUCGCGUAAUCACAAUGAUACGGGCCCGAUUCGUGGGGAUGAUAUAUGCAGAGACUCUGCACCAGGUGUCGAAAUCUAGUCAUGAGUCUUCCUCGGUCACAUUGAUGAGUACCGAUGCGGAUCGAAUCACCACUGGGUGGCAGCUCUGGCCUUUGCCUUAUGUAAGAACCCCCAAGUUCCUGGCAUGGGCGAGCAAGAUUGUCAACAACAUCACUAAUCCAUACAAAAGAGUCAGCUUCACCUCGGCCAUACUCAAGGGCAUGCGCCAGAUCAAAAUGUUCGGGAUCGAGCCAACCGUGGAAACAAAGAUAAACCGUCUUCGUGAGGUGGAAUUAGAAUCGUCGAAGCCAUACCGGUCAUUGAUCGUGUGGGUCAAUGUCCUAGGUGCAGUUUCAACAGCCCUAGCUCCUGCUGUCACUAUCGCGGUGUAUGCUGGGAUGCAGCUGAAUUUGGGAUUCGAGACCCCCAAGACAAAUGUGGUGUUCACAUCCUUGUCGCUGAUCUCGCUCCUGACAAAUCCCGUGGUGCUUAUAUCUGUCUCUUUGACUAGACCCACGUCUGCCAUUGGGUGUUUUGAUCGGAUCCAGGACUUUCUGUCUGAAGAGGGAAAGCGACCCCAAGUUGCUGAUCGGCCACUGAUAACGGGGAUUGUUUCUGGAAUUGAAAUGAAUACGAUGCGACUUGACACUCAGGAACUCGUCAGCAUGAAUGGUGCAUGUUUCAGUCUACCCACUGGUUCCUCUAACUCCUCGACGCCAUCGACCUCAAAAUCCAGCAUUCCUCGUUUUCGGAUAUUCAUCGCUCCCGUCCGAAAAGCAUACUGUCAACAAUGCCCGUGGAUCUUCAACGGCACACUGCAAACCAAUAUCGUCGGGGAAUCACCAAUCGACGUAAAGUGGUUAAAGGAGGUAGUAUACGCAUGUAACCUCGACGUUGAUGUUGCACGCCUCUCCCACGGCAUUGAUACGGUAGUAGGAACCUCAGGGUCCCAGCUAAGUGGAGGACAGAAGCAGCGAGUGGCUUUGGCUAGAGCGAUCUACGCGAAACCUGAUCUUCUUCUCCUGGAUGAUGUUAUCAGUGCACUAGAUUCGGUGACAUGCAAGCGUGUUGUUGAGCGAAUAUUCGGUCGCUCGGGGCUAAUUAGGAGGCUUGGGAUAGCGACUGUUCUGGUGACUGCUGCUGCGGAGUGUUUCCAGGAAGCGGAAAAUGUAAUUGUUCUUUCCAGUAAUGGCCGCAUAGUGGACCAGGGGUCGCUCGAAGAUCUAUCGGUGAAGAACGAAUACAUUCGAGAGCUAAUGUGUCGAACAGGUUCAAAACAAGAUGAAAACGAAGUUGAGGAUGCUGAUGCUCCGUCCGAGGAAACAGAGACACAGGCAGACAACCAUGGACCAAGAGUUGCCCAGGAACCAACGCCAAACACUCGCGGCACAGGAGACCUUUCACUCUAUGCCUACUAUAUCAACUCCUUUGGGUGGUGGGCAUUCUGCUUCACUCUGACUUUUGCUACCAUAUACGUGUUGUGUGUUGCGCUUUCACAACUCAUGCUCACCUGGUGGGCUGACUCCACCCCUGGACACAAUUACGUCUACCUUGGGUCUUAUAUGGCUGUUUCGACCGUCGCCAUUCCUGCCAUCGGGGUAUUCAUUGGGUUCUUCUUUGUUUGGACUGUACCAAGAUCGGCUAUCAAUCUCCACAAAGUCCUGCUCGGGGCUGUUAUGAGAGCACCAUGGCCGAGUAUAGCCCGGAUGGAUACAGGAAGUUUGAUAAACCGAUUCAGCCAAGACAUGUCUCUUCUCGACAUGCAACUCCCCGUGGCCUUUGGCAUAACCCUUCAAAACUUCCUGACCUGUCUCGCCCAAGCCGCCUUGAUCGCCACCGGCGCCGGAUACAUGUCCAUCGUCAUUUCCUUCUGCAUCGGUGCCGUAUGGACAAUCCAGGCCUUUUAUCUGCGAACAUCACGACAAAUCCGACUUCUUGAUCUCGAGGCCAAAGCUCCGCUUUACGCCCACUUCCUCGAAACCACCGAGGGACUGAUAAUCGUGCGUGCAUUUCAGUGGCAGCAGCGAUUCUCCGAUCGCAAUGCCCGGCUUUUGAACACGUUUCAGAAACCAUUCUAUACCAUGUAUUGCAUCCAGCAAUGGCUUCAGGUCGUGUUGGACCUACUUGUGGCAGCGCUAGCAACUGUCCUCACGGCCCUGGCUGUGUUUGUGACUCGCAAGACGAGUUCUAGGGGCGUUGGUAUGGCUCUUGUGAAUCUGCUGUCGUUUAAUUCGACUCUGACGUUGCUGAUCACUAAUUGGACGCAGCUUGAGACGUCAUUGGGUGCGAUUGCAAGGGUUAAGCAGUUUGUCAAUGAUCCUCAGGUUCGACCGGUGGUGAGGAAUGAAAUGGCGGUAGAGGACUGGCCGUCAAUGGGGAGAUUGGAGUUUCGGGGAGUUACUGCUUCUUAUUCUGAGGUUUCUCCCCCCAUCAUCAAAAACAUCUCAUUCACCCUCGAACCCGGCCACAAACUAAGCAUCUGCGGCCGCACCGGAAGCGGAAAAAGCACCCUCCUCAGCUGCCUCUUCUCCCUCGUGACACUCACCUCCGGAGAAAUCUACAUCGACAACAUCGACAUCUUCACCCUCCCCAAAGACAGGCUGCACUCCGCCAUAGUCCCCAUCCCGCAACACCCGCUCAUCAUCCCCGGCUCUGUCCGCGAGAACCUCUCCCUUGGUACCAUCACCACCACCGACGAAGCAAUGAUAUCCGCCCUCUCAACUGUUCACCUCUGGACCCAAAUCCUCGAGCACGGUGGUCUAGACGCUGACAUCCAGUCCAUCCACAUGUCCAAUCGUCAACAGCAGCUAUUGUGCAUUUCCCGGGCGCUUCUUUUACCGGGGAGCCUGGUUGUUCUGGAUGAGCCUACGAGUGGUUUUGAUGAGCAGACGGAGAAGAUGGUCCAGGAUGUUUUGAGUGAGGGGCUCAGAGGACGUACGGUUAUUUCGGUUGCGCAUCGGAUUAGAACUAUAAUGGACUCGGAUGUUGUUGUUGUUAUGGAUGAGGGGAGGUUCCCCGCCCCGGCGCCGACCCCACCACACCCAUGCCUCACGUCCCCCCACCCGCACGACCACCUAGUCAUCGACACCGACCCCGUAGCCGACAAGACGGCCCAAAUCAUCGAGAAAAUCCAAUGGUACGUCAACAUAAUCCACACCAUCAUCCGAGCCCUCCGCCCCUCCAACCUCCCCGAAACAGCCCAGAAGAUCGCCUUUUGGCUGGAACUCUUCCUGUACGGAAUCGGCAUUUACAAGCCCCUGCGCGGCACGGGUUAUGAUUACGGGGAUAUUGUCGAGAUGUUUGGGUUUACUUCCCGCGUGGGCGAGAUUUGGAAUGAUGAGAUUGGGUAUAGGCCUGAGGGGUUGAAUGAGAGAAUUGCAGAGACGGCGGGAAGAUGGCCUCAUGAGGGAGUCACCCGACGGAAGGUUUCUAUCGUGUUACAUGAAAUGUAUGAGACUGUUAAGGAGACGCAUGGGGCGGAUAACCUCCGGUUUGUGGAAACGAGACGUAUGAAACGAACCCUGCAGCAUGGGUUUCGUAUUCGUCACGUACAUGGCACCAUUGAUUUUAGUCUUUGGUUUGGGGAUUUGGAUAAUGCGGAGACGAAUUUGUUGGUCAAGAUUGGGACGAAUCAUCUUUCGUCGGAGGUGUUGUUGUAUAUGGGCCUGUUGCAACGUGAUCAACAGCGUUUGAAGACUCGCAAGCGCGGCAUCAUAUAUGGAAUUAUGACGGAUGGGUCGGCGUAUCAUUUUUAUCGCUUGGAUCCUGAUAAAACGAAUGAUGUCGGAGACGGCCAAGUUGUCGAUUCCGGAUAUUUAAAUCGGUGGGAUGGGCUUGAGUGGGAUGAUUUGGAUACAGAAUGCGAAGUAGCUAGUUUGCAGAGUAUGGCUUUGACUAGUAAUAGUAAUAGACUUAUUCCAUAUGAGCCACACAUGCCCACCUGGUUAUAG